UCUACUAUGUUAGCCAUAGAUAGUAAAAAGAAUUACAGAUACCAUAUUAUUUAGAAUAAUUGAUUUGAAGCACAGUUGAUAUGGCGUUUUUCUUGUUGCAGUUGCUACGAUUACUUUUUGAGGGUUGGAAAAGGCUUAGUUUAGUUCCAAAAUUUUGAGGAAUAAUAAAUUAACCGGCUAACUUUAUGUUUAGAAGUUAUAUGUUCAAAUAGAAGACUAUGUCUUCUUCUCUCAUUUUACCAGCAAGGACAAAUCCAAACUCUUCCCUUAACAAUAAGCCUGUUGCUACCAUAACAAGAGCUUGAAAUUUCUGACUUGUUGGGGAAAAAAAAAAAAAAACUUCUUCCACCCAAGUCCAAUUGCUCUUAUAUUGUGUAGAGUGAAGUAUAAAGUGUGAACAAAACGAAAUUCCUGAAGACCAUUACUUUGAGCAUUUUGAAGACACUAAUUAAAAAUCAACAUGCCCCACUAAGUUCCAUGCUAAAUACAUCCAAAACACCACAAUUAAUAUAUUAGUUAAAAUGAACUCUGAUAUAACAUGGAAAAGCUGCUUCUUAGAACAAAACAACGCAGCUUCCACGGAUCAAAUAUCACCCGUCCUUGUCAUAUAUUGCUUGCCUGAUUCACCAGGUAAUCAUCAGGUUUUUCACUAAAGCAUUCAUGUCAUAAUGGAAACGCAAUUUGAGACUGAUUCUUGAGCAAUGACAUUCCAUAUCCUAUAAGUACCUACACUUAGCAAGGGACUAGAUAUACCCAAUUUCAAAUAGCAAUCCUAGAUUAUAUCAUCUGAAACGGUGUUUGGCAGGAGAUACAAUGGCUCUGCUACUUCACAACAAGCUGGUUUUAAUGGCAAUGCUACUUGUAACUCUAUGGGCUUCACAAUCCUGGUCGAGGUCAUUACAUGAAGCUUCCAUGGAGUUAAGGCAUAAAACCUGGAUGACUCAAUAUGGCCGCGUGUAUAAAGGCAAUGUAGAGAAGGAAAAGCGCUUUAAGAUAUUCAAGGAGAAUGUGGAGUUUAUUGAAUCUUUCAACAAUAACGGGAAUAAGCCUUACAAGCUAGGCAUCAAUGCAUUUACAGACCUCACUAAUGAGGAAUUCCGUGCCUCACAUAAUGGGUACACGAUGUCGAUGUCUUCCCACCAAAGUUCAUAUAGAACAAAGUCUUUCAGAUAUGAAAAUGUCACUGCUGUUCCUCCUAGCCUGGACUGGAGAACCAAAGGAGCUGUUACCCAUAUCAAAGAUCAAGGCCAAUGCGGAUGUUGUUGGGCAUUUUCUGCAGUGGCCGCAAUGGAGGGCAUCACAAAACUCUCAACUGGGACUUUGAUCUCUCUUUCAGAGCAAGAAUUGGUCGAUUGCGACACAAGUGGAAUGGAUCAAGGCUGUGAAGGUGGUCUUAUGGAUGAUGCCUUUGAAUUCAUUAUCGAAAACAAUGGCCUCACCACUGAAGCAAAUUACCCUUACGAGGGAGUUGAUGGAAGUUGUAACACACGGAAGGCAGCAAAUCAUGCUGCAAAGAUCACUGGUUAUGAGAAUGUGCCUGCCUAUGAUGAGGAGGCACUGCGCAAGGCAGUGGCAAACCAACCGGUCUCAGUUGCAAUUGAUGCUGGUGAAUCUGCCUUCCAACAUUAUUCGAGUGGGAUAUUUACAGGAGAUUGCGGAACUGAAUUAGACCAUGGUGUUACUGUAGUAGGGUAUGGGACAAGUGAUGAUGGCACCAAGUACUGGUUAGUCAAGAACUCAUGGGGAACUAGCUGGGGUGAGGAUGGUUAUAUAAGAAUGGAAAGGGAUAUUGAUGCUAAGGAAGGCCUCUGUGGCAUUGCCAUGGAGCCUUCCUAUCCAACUGCAUAAAUGAAAACCAGUGAUGUGUGAAUCUUUUCCAGCGGUUCCCCUGCA